AUGAACGCCAAUUCACUUCCCGAUUUCCAGAUCUUAUCCUACCCUAGUACCACUCCACCACAACCCCAACCAGAAGCAGAGCCGACAAGCAAACUAACCCUCAAGACCUCGUCGUCAUGGACAUACUGCGGACCCCUAUUACCUCUCGAUGCCCGCGGUCUCCCACCCUCCUUCCACACCUGGGCACAAGCCACGAUUAAUGGGCGCGUGCUCGACCCGCUCUUCUCAUUCCUGGCCUUCGUCCACGAGUUCCUCGAGACAAACGGUUUGUCGAACUAUUGGAUUACGAUCCGGGCUAGCCAAGCGUCAAAUGACUUUGAUGUUCCGCGUUGGCAUACGGAUGAGUUAUUCUUUGCAAGGCCAGAGCCGGACGCUUCUAGGUCGAGGCUUAUGUCCGAUUUGUGGUCGAGGGUGAUAGUGCCGAGGACGCUGCGGUCGAGACGGUAUCGCCAUCUCACCACCAAGAAAGAAAAAAUAAGCAGCAUCAGCACCCACACCAACCACAUAACGUCAAGCCCAAACAAAACCAACAAAACCAACACUAAUCCCACAAACUGGAAACUAACAACAACCCUCCUCGGCCCAGGCACACUCUUCGUUCCCACCAAAACAAGCCCCAUGGCCCGCGCCGCCCAAGCGUCCGCCAAAGCCGACGCCCGCGCGGCUCACCACGAACAAAUCUGCCACUCCGUGCGGUGCACAGGAUGUGCCAUGGCCGCGGAGUCGGUGCGGCGCCGCCUAGCGCUGGUAUUGGAAGAUCAUGCUAUCGUACAGGCGAGGCCGGGUGAAUGUGUCUUUUUGAAGAUUGGCGAGGAGCACGGUGCUGUGCAUUCUGAGCCUGUGGCGAGUGGGGAUCGGAUCUUUGUUAAUGUUGUGCCUGGGAGGGAUGAUGAGUUGGUGGGGUUGAUGCGGAGGUGGGGGAUGGUGUUUCCAAGAGCUUGGUGUGUUGGGUUGGGUGGUUAG